GUAUAAACAACUCAUCUAAACCGGGGCUGUGGGGCGGAACGGUUUCAACAUUGGAGUUCAAAGUGAAUGUUUCUCAGGAAAUGAAUGGCGUCGUGUAUACCUGUCAGAGUGCAAACGAAGCAUUGCAGAGAAGUGUGCACGAGGCGGUCAGUUUAAAUAUCCUUUAUCCACCCGUGUUUCUGCCGCCUCCAUCAUCAACCGCUGUAGGUGUCGAAGGAGAAUCAUUACAAGUUUCUCUUAGCGCUACGGCAAACCCAGUGUCUAUUUUGUAUGCUUGGACGAAGGAUGGUUUACCCGUGCCUUCAAGUUCCAUCAGCAACGGAGGAGCAGGGCAUCGAAUAUUUGCCGACGGAGCUAACCUUAAUUUUACAAAACUUAAUCGGAAUGAUGCCGGUGUUUAUAUAUGUGAGGCCAGAAAUACAGAGGGAUCUGCAAAGCUGAACGUUACUAUUGUGGUUGAGUAUGGUACUACUAUAAAAGCUAUAUCGGAAAAUGUUGUAGUGAAUCCUGGCGGAGAUGCGGUGUUAUCUUGUACCGUAGAAGGAAAACCGUUAACCGAGGAACACAUUAAAUGGGAGAGAGUGGCGUAUGACAUUGCAUCAAGAACCACAACGUCAUUUGUAAAUGGAACCUCAUAUCUGCAUAUAAAAGACGCAAGUCGCGAUGACGUCGGAAGUUUUCGGUGCAUUGCUGAUAAUCGUGUUGCAAAUCCGACAAAUCGCGAUGUUCAACUCAUUGUCAAAUUUGCACCUGAAAUCGAUAAAUCGCCAACUUUUUUACGCGCAGCGAGUGGUACAGGUGAACGAGGACGCCUACCAUGUCGCGCCCAAUCUGCCCCAAAACCAAACUUCAUAUGGCGUCAAGAAAGCAAAGACCUUCCAGUAAAUCGCACAUAUAAGUAUGAGGUUGAAGAAAAGAAAAUUGAUCCCCUGACCUAUGAAUCCACUCUUAUCAUUGAAAAAGUGGCACCGGCCGAUUAUGGAGCUUAUGAAUGUGUGGUAACGAAUGAAUUGGGUCAGGCUACGGAAUCUAUUCGGUUGGACAUUACUUCCCAGCCAGAUACUCCACUUAGUUUGAAUAUACUUAAUGUAACACACGAUAGUGUAACUUUAGCAUGGACUCCGGGAUUUGAUGGAGGAUUAAAAGCUUCAUAUAGAGUUCGAUACAGAGAGGCAAAUCGGGAGCAAUAUAAAUAUAUAGAUAGUUUGCCAAACAGUCAUAAGUUGAUUAUAACUGGUUUAAAAACAAACACACUCUACUUAUUCUCUGUGAUGGCCUACAAUGAUCUGGGUAACAGUAAAUACUUACCGGAUUUACAACGAGCACAAACUAAAGGGUUGGAUAUAGCAACUGAAGAGUUAACUGAGGAUUCGAGUACUCCCAAUCUUGUCAUACUUGGAAUAUCCAUGGCCGCCUUUGGAUUCUUGGUGGUCAACGCAGCCCUAGUCGCUUGGUUCUUUGUACAUAAUCGUAAAGAGAAAGCUGAGAGUGACAAUCAACCAGGAAAAACAGCAACUAUUGAAAUGUAUGCUCCCAGCUCUUACAACGAUACCGUCACAGGCGAAACUUUAUCCAGUGUUUCGGAGAAGAGUGAGUCGUAUUCAAAUGAAGACAGUCAAACAGAAUAUACUGAUGAGGCUCGAAAGAAGGCAGCUUCUACUUAUUUGGUCGAGAGUACAGAUAUGCCGCCUCCUCGAUAUCAAAAAGAUGGUACCAUGCCGAUCGUUUAUCCAGUCAAUGCGCGAACUUUACCUCACCCGCGACAUCAUAGUAAUAUUUCAAAUGUAUUGGACCACCGUGCCCACGAUGAUCAAGUUCUCAUCAAUAAAGGAGUUUAUAUUCCGUCCCCUUCGCCAGCGCCGCCACCUGAUGGUUCAUAUUACAAUAUGAAUAGCGAUAGGUAUCUUUCGUAUCCGCCUAUGGAUUAUCCACCACAACUCGACUUUACAACGCCUCCAUUACCCAUGACUCAACUUCAUCCUAUAUCGCAAGCAUCUAUUAUUAGUGGUAACGCUUUGAUUGGGUCUAUUGGUGGUGGAAGUGGCACACUUCGCCGAGGUAUAAUGCGAGGAAUCGUGGGUAUGCCACCCCCUGACGUUACUCAGCUUACAAGUACGAGUAUGGCUGGUACAAGUAACAUCCAAAUGCUUCAUGAGUUGCAUCCAAUAAAUAUCUCGAAUAAUUCCUGUUCUACGCAAACAACAAGCAUAACAGGUAACGGAAGCAUGAUGUCAACUAUCCCAAGCAGUACUACCAAACAACCUCAAAGCAUUCUUAAGGAUCCAAACAGAAGUAAACCGCAACAGCAACUUUUAAGUGCUAACCUUGUUGGUGUGGGUGUGCCCACAGCUUCUGGUAGCCUUCAAAUUCUGAAUAUUCCCACGUCUGCAGGCAUCAGUGGAAAUCUACUAAUGACCACCAACGGAACUUAUGAUCCAGCAAAUCUUAGUACUUUUAACGCUACCACAGGUACGGGUUUGGCUUACACUGAUGCUGAUGGCCAUUUGGUAUAGCUGUAGGAGUACACGGGGUCACCGAUGGAAGCUGCGAUAGCCUUAAUCAAUGCCUCUUUGGCUCCCGCUGCUACCAUUAUCAACUCGAAUACUACACGCUACUGAAAAACAAAUAAUACUCGUACAAUUGAGCAGGUCAAAGUGAGCAAAUAUUUCAGAAAAUAGUUUAAAUAGCCAAGAGAAAAAGAUACUGAGUUUACUUCUAAGGUUAGCUUUAAGAUUAAAUUAAGAUUAGUGGGCAUCAAUCUUAACGACCUGAUGCUGUAUGCUGUAUAGCAAGUACCAAAUUAAUUAUCAUUUUACAUUUGCCGGAUCUAAAAGUGCAACUCUUCUAGUUUUCUUUUUGACAAAAUACUUAUUUUUUAUUUUUUUUUCUCUAGAGAAAAGGUAGACUACAUACAUAAAAUAAA